AUGCUUCGUAACGCUGCGUACUCGGCCGUGAGACUUACAACUCGCCCCACGCCUCGUCUGUUCCUAAGAGCGCAGUCGACCAACGCGUUGACCAAUUCGCAAAUCCCAUUCACUUUCUCCAAAUCAGGCCCAUUGGCCGUCAAGUAUACCGCCCAGCACGAGUGGAUCGCCGCGCACCAGGACGGCACCGCUUUUGUAGGCAUCACCAAGUACGCUGCUGACGCCCUUGGCGAUGCCACGUACGUGGAGCUGCCCGAGAUCGACACCGAGCUAGAGGCCGGCGAGUCUUUGGGCUCUUUGGAAUCUGUCAAGUCUGCGUCUGAAAUUUACUCGCCAAUAGCUGGUACUGUGGUCGAGGUCAACGAGUCGUUGAACGAUUCUCCACAACUUAUCAACCAAGAUCCCACUGGCGAAGCCUGGAUUGCGAAAUUGAGAGUCAGCAGCCUGGAUGACAUGCAAAACGAGGAUCUCAUGUCCCUGGAGCAGUACGAGAAAUCCUUGGAAGAGGAUCAUCACUAG